AUGACAAAUUUUAUUAAACAAAUUGUUCACAAAAGUUUUAUUCUUUCUGCUGUUGUUUCACCGUCUUCAAGAAUCACCGCAACAAAAUUUAAUUCAUUUAAAAAAGUUGCCAUAAAGGAAUUUGGUGCUUUAACAACUUCUUCAACAUGUCGCAAUGCACAACCUCAUACUUUCAAUGUUUUAAAAGAUGUUAUGGAACAUGAUACUAGUUCACCUUCUUUCAUGAAAAUGCCAAUUCAAUUACCAAAUGGUGAACAAGGUUUAUUGGCAAAAGGUGAAUUAGGUGAAGCAGUUAAAGAUUUACCUUUAUAUGAUAUUAAAGAUAUCUCAGAUCAAAGACUUUUAUCAG